AGGCCGUUCUCGUAGUGUUGACGUGAAACUAACUGCGUUGUGGGUCGGAACCCGAAAAGCACGUUGCUCGAAUGAAGGAUCUGCAAGUGAAGUGCAUGCGUCAUCCACGAGGAGAAACAAGGAGAGCAAAGAUCGGCCUCUAAUGUGUCCACGAUGACCAAGACUCCGCCGAGUCGAAGAGGGAUCACUUUUGAGGUGGGAGCACAGCUGGAAGCCCGCGACAGACUGAAGAACUGGUACCAGGCCAACAUAGAGAAGAUAAACUAUGAAGAUGAGAAAGUGUUGAUCCACUACCGUCAGUGGAGCCAUCGCUACGAUGAGUGGUUUGACUGGACCAGUCCCUACCUGAGACCCCUGGACAGGGUCCAGCUGCGUAGAGAGGGUCUGCAGGACAACCAGCCCACCUCGGUAUUUCGGGUGAAUGAGAAAGUGUUGGCCUGUUGGGUGGACUGCCGCUACUAUCCUGCUAAGGUUCUGGACGUCAGAAGAGAUGCUUCCUACACUGUCAAAUUUUUCGAUGGAGUUGUCAAGACUGUUAAGCCAACGAAAAUAAAGCCGUAUAGGGCAGAGAAUGGGAAGGCCAGGGAGAGAACUCGCAGAGAGCAGAACAAUGGGAAACACAAACCCAAGGAGUACAAAAAAGAUGAGACCAAUGAAUGCAAAAAACGCUCCACUGACUUGAAUGGAGAGACCAACAGAGAAGGGGAGAUAAAGAAAGAGGACCAGGAAAAAACUGUAAAUAGCAAUGUUGAGACCAUUGAUAAGAAUAGGAACAUGAAUGGUGAGGAGGUGAAAAUGGAGGCAGGAGGGGGGAAGAAAGAGACACAAGCCAAUGAAGAUGGGCAGGCUGUCCAAACUAACAGGGAAGACGUCAGUCUGAAUGUGGAAAGAUUGAGUAGUACCCAGAAACCAGAAGAGAAGAAACAAGACGACGUGUCGGGACAGAAUCCCCAAGUGCCCAGGAGGAACCGAUACCGAGCAUCAGAAGAAAGUCAGCGUGAACUGAGGAAGAGGAGAUCAUCUCUGGAAGAGGUGUCAUGGCCAAAGAGAAGGCCAGAAGUAGUAGACCAAACCAAUCAAUCCCAGUCUCCAAAAGUGGCAGGAUACAAUUCUGUCCCAGCCUCCCAAGCAGAGAAACUAGAACAGACACCUACAAAUGGUGGCAUCGAAGGCCCAUCUGAUAUAGAAGCCAUUCUGAAACGCCAAAUUCACCUACCUACGACGCACAAGUACAGCAGGGAGCCAUUGUAUCGAGUCAUCAAAAACCAACCGCCCCCAAUCCUCUCCAUUGAACUCGACCACAACCCUUUCAAGUGCAAGGCCCCUGGGUGUAUGAAGUCCUUCCGGAAGCCCUCUCUCCUGCACUACCAUGUUAAAUACUACCACGCAGACAUGGAGCCUGCUUCUGGCUCCAGCAUGCAAACGCGGGCCGCAGAGAAGCAGGCUGGCUCUCAGGAGACACCAAGAAGGAGACGCAUCACGUCCGGCUCUACACACUCUCCCCUGGGUGACAGACAAUCUGCAAACGGAGUGAACCGUCAUCGGCGGAGUUCACUGAGUGACAGAAGGAAGGAGAACCAGCACACCAACAGACUUCACGAAGAAAGAGAAUGUGAUACAGAAAAGAUGGAAAGAGACCAUAAUAAACAGAAGAAAAGGAAGAAGAAAAGAAAGUCUGAAAAUGCGAGUAGUGAGGAGAACAUAGGCAUCUCCUUAUCCAACACUCCUCAGUCCAAUCCGAAUUUGGCAUCCAAACUCCCCCUCUUGCACAAACACAAGUUAUCUUACGACUCAAGCCCAGAACACAUCACAGAUCAUUUGCAAGAGGACGAUGAGAGUGAUUGGUCCACAGUCAGUGCUGAGUGGACCGAUGAGGACAUUGAAUCAGAGCUGGAUGUGACCACUCCCAUGUCAGAACACAGUGUAUCCAUGGUAACCGAGGGCUCUGACGUAGUCCGCUGUGUCUGUGGAGCAGAAGAGGAGAAUGAGUUCAUGAUUCAGUGUGAUGAAUGUCUGUGCUGGCAGCAUGGAAGCUGCAUGGGCCUCUUUGAGCACAAUGUGCCUGACACCUACAACUGCUACAUCUGCCGAGCCCCACCAGCCCAGAGGCGGAGCCAGCGCUACUGGUAUGACAGGGAUUGGCUGAGCAGUGGUCACAUGUAUGGUUUGUCUUUCCUGAAUGAGAACUACUCCCACCAGAACGGGAAGAAGAUUACAGCCACUCACCAACUCCUGGGUGAUGUGCACCACGUCUUUCAGGUGCUUAACGGCCUGCAGCUUAAAAUGAACAUCCUCCAAACCCACACACACUCUGACCUGAAACUGUGGUGCCAACCCUGGAAGCAGGAGGAGGAUCUGGUUAGGAGCUACAGCAUGGAGGCGAGCCGGGCCCCUUCACCUGCAGUCCGCGACAGGGAGCUGAGCUGUGAAGCGCUGAGAGGGAUAUCUGUCUCUACCCCUUCUGAAAAGCCCAACAUGUCGCAGAGAAGCCCAGCCCGCUUCCAGGACUCAUACACUUCCUACAUCAGCAGCGAGCACUGCUACCAGAAGCCACGGGCGUACUACCCAGCAGUGGAGCAGAGGCUAGUGGUGGAGACACGCAGAGGUUCUGAGCUGGAGGACAGCCUGAGGAGCACAGAGAACCUGCUCGAGCUAGAGCAGCGCUAUGGUGGCCCAUUGGACCCAGACAGAGCCAAGCUGUACCCCAGCUCCCUCCUGCAGGACGGAGCCAAGAUACACCCUGUUGUCCUACCGCCAGACAAGGGUACUGACCUGUACAAGAAGCUGUACGUGGGAAAGGAGAGUGAGGUAGAGGUGAAGACUGAAGAGGCUGAGCCCAGCACGGACACAAAGCCACACCCAGACAAAGAGAGUCCGCUGCAUCAGCAAUGGCAGAUGAACCUUUUGGAUCACAUAGAGGCCAUGCACAGCCAAGUCACGCAGAGGAUGGAUCUCAUCGAGAAGGAGCUGGAUGUGUUGGAGAGUUGGCUGGACUACACAGGGGAACUGGAGCCUCCAGACCCUUUAACCCGACUUCCUCAGCUCAAACACCGCAUCAGACAGAUGCUCACAGACCUGGGCACUGUGCAGCAGAUCUCCCUCUGCUCGUCAAACAGAUGAGGCCGCCACUGACCUCAGCACUUCACCACAGAAACCUGGUUGGAGCAUGGAGUAGCAAGCAAGGCUACAGUAUAAACGGUUGGGUUGCAUGGACAGAGCUGGGGACAGGGGAUUCCUAGAAUCAACCAUCUAAAGUAUCUUUCAGUACUACAACACUUUCUGGCAACAAUGAAGCAGAAUAAAUUGCCCUACUUGUCUAACAUGCAAGAAAAUGAGGAUGUACAUAGAACACAACCAUGUUUAGCACUUAUGUUUUUGAUAGUUAGUUAACACCUACUAAUGAUAAUGUAGGUUUACCAAUAUAAAACAUUAAUAGAAGCUGUUUUUUUUUUUUUUCUGACAUAGUUUACUAUAUAUCCAACCAUGUUUUUUUAUGAAUCUAGUCACUGAAUGGCUUUGCUUAAAGGGUAACUUAGGUCAGAAAGUAUUUUUUAUUAGGGUUUCAAUUAAAUGCAUUCUUAAAUAGCUUAAUGAUGUGUUUAAAGAUAACAAAAUAUAUGUUCCUUUUUAAAGGGAGGGAAAAUAUGUAGAUUUUUCUAAAUAUUGUCUUGUCUUUUGAAUUAGUCCAGAAUGUUAUGGAGAAUAGAUUGUAUCUUUCUAUUGUCACUUUAAUAACAAAUAUCUGCUUCAUAUAUACUGAUAUAGUGCAACUCCAGUUGUUUAGAGUUCAUUGACAAUAUUGAGGCUGUAAAAACAAAGUAGAUUUUUUUACAUUGUCAAAUUGUCAGUUUAUAAAUGUUUCUCUAUUGGUUUUGAUAUUUAGUUGUGAUGUGUUUUCUUUUAUGUUUGUUUAAUUUUACUGGUUAAGUAUCCAGAAACGUGUUAGCCAUGUGGGCUCUGUGCUAUUAUGUUGUAUUUAAUAUUUGAUUCAGAAUUUAAUUUAUCUUUUGUAUUAUUUUUGUCUCAAUGAGUACUGAAUAUCCAAUUCAGCAUUGUCUACAGGUUUAAGGACUGUGGGGCAGUAUUCUGUGCAUUUCCUUUUCUGGCACCCAGUUGACGAUGUUGGUUAAUACAGUACCAGUCAAACGUUUGGACACACCUACUCACUCAGUAUUUCUUUAUUUUUACUAUUUUCCACAAUG